UUGUCAACUUUGACCCUCCCCUGCUUUUGCUCUCCCUGUCGCUACACAUUCUCAAACCUUUUGCUGCUUCCCUUCUCUCUCGCGCUCAUGGAAGAUGAAGGAAUCAACGCUUCCGGCAACAAUGCUGCCCCGAUGAAUUUGCCACCGGUGGCGCCGGAACAAUCCGGCCAAGGCUUGCCAUACGCGCCGGAGAAUUUUCCCAAUCCCGGCGACGUUUGGAGCUGGAGAACCGGCCUGAGAGUCGCGGUGACAGGAUUCUUUAAGGAUCGGUACCUGUAUCCUCCAGCUAACAUUUGCCGCGCCGUCAACUCAGGCUCCAGCCGCCGUAGGAUCACUUUUGCUAGCAAGCUUGCGGUCCAACGCUUUGUGAAGGAAUCAUUCCCUGACGCCAAUGUCCAGGAUUUCUUCGCUUCAUUCAGCUGGAAGAUUCCUGCUAUUUGCCCUGGCAAUGGACAUGCAUAUGCAGCAGAGCCCAUAUCUGCUGUGCCUCCGCACCUGCUAGCACCAGAAGAAGAGUCAGAAUCUGAAUCUGAUUCACCCUCUGACUCUGUUGGGUGUAAAGUUGGGAAUCAAAGGUGCCGCAGCCUCAUUUUGGAAGAAGUUGAGAAGUAUUCUCCAGCCAUGCCCUGUGAUAUCUGCUGUGCGAAUCCUCGUUUUUGCCGCGAAUGCCGCUGCCUGCUUUGCUGCAAAGCCCUUGAUUUAGCUUAUGAUGGCUAUAGUUAUUUCAAGUGCCCAGCAAAAGUUGGUGAUUAUAUUUGCGGGCAUGCAGUACAUUUUGACUGUGCUCUUCGGUCAUACCUGGCCGGCACAGUUGGAGGAAUUAUUGGAUUGGAUGUUGAGUACCUCUGCAUGCGCUGUGAUGGGAAGACUGAUCUGAUUUCCCAUGUCAAUAAGCUUCUACAGACAUGUGAAGCUAUUGAUGCGGAUGAUGACAAUAAGGAAAAGAUUUUAAACCUUGGUGUUAGUCUCUUGGGUGAGUCAGAGAAAGCCAGUGCAAAGGAACUUAUGAGACGUAUUGAAUUGGCCAUCUCAAAGCUUAAAGGUGGGACUAGUACUGGAGAUAUCACAAAUGUGGUUGACAAUCCCACGGAUCAUUCUGCAUCAGGUUCCUCCAACAAUAGCCAUGCCAAGGAAAGUUAUCUGUCUGAUUUUGGAAGACUUGAGGUAGAGGUUGAACUGGUUCUGGAGUAUCUUAGAAAGUCACAGGAGAAUGAGUUUAACUUGGCGGAAGAAAGGCUGAAUGAACACAAGCGUUAUCUGCAGAGCUUGUAUCAGCAACUGGCCUUCGAGAAGUCGGAAUUAGCAAAUGAAGCCCAUUCAUCUCGUUCAGAUGCCUUGUUUCAUGAUGCUGCUGUUGGAGAAAGAGUAGAACAGAUAAGGCGGGAAGUCAAGAAAUUUGAAGAGAUGAAAAAGGUAGCCCAGGGUUUUGGCAGCACACCAAAACAUAAUUUGGAGCACUUUGGCUUGUAAGUUUCAUAUCAAAUGAAAAACUUUUUGAAGAUAUGAUGAAUUUUUUCCUGUGACUCUCCAAAUUUUGGCAUUUUGAACUGUAAUCUUGAACCACCGUUGAGGAUCUUUUACCUCUCAAAUAUUCAUUUGACUGAAGUGUUGGGUUUGUCCCUACUAAGUGGGGCCCAACUUUAUUUUAUGAAAAGAAAUAAAAAGGAUAGAGAUU